AUUUUCAAGAACCUGAUCUCCGGCUUGGGAAUGACGAGUCCAGGGGAUUUCACAGAAAUGUUAGAGUGCCCACUGGAAAUAAGCCAAUGUUACGGAUUGAUCGUCCUAGAAAUGUCAUCAUGAGUGCACAUUCUAGCAGCAUGAGUACUGAAAAGAGUGAUCCUGAAGAAAAGGAAGAGAAAUCAGAUGUAUAUAGCAAAAACAUGACCCAAGCAAUGGGUGCAGUGUUGACCUAUAGGCAUGAACUUGGAAUGAAUUACAAUUUCGUUCUUCCAGACUUGAUUGUUGGUUCUUGUCUUCAGACACCCGCAGAUGCUGACAAGCUCCGAGAAAUAGGGGUGAAAACCAUUUUCUGCUUGCAGCAAGACUCGGACCUUGAAUAUUUUGGGGUGGACAUUGGUGCCAUUCGAGAAUAUGCCAAUGCUUGUGAUGAUAUUGCACAUUAUCGUGCUGAAAUCAGAGAUUUUGAUGCAUUUGAUCUGCGGAUGAGGCUGCCAGCUGUAUUGAGCAAAUUACACAAGGUUAUCAAACAAAAUGGUGGGGUGACGUAUAUACAUUGUACUGCUGGACUUGGAAGAGCGCCUGCUGUUGCGUUGACAUACAUGUUUUGGAUUCAAGGCUAUAAGCUUAGUGAAGCAAACUGCUUGUUGCAGAGCAAAAGACCAUGUUUUCCAAAAUUGGAAGCCAUAAUGAGUGCAACUGCUGAUAUUCUAACUGGGCUGCCCAAGAGCCGUGUCACUUUGACAUGGGAAGACGAUAAUUGUUCGUCAGUGGAAGUGUCUGGACUAGAUAUUGGAUGGGGACAGAGGAUUCCUUUAGAGUUUGACAAGGAUCAAGGUUUAUGGAUUCUGCAGAAAGAGUUACCAGAAGGGCGCUAUGAGUACAAGUACAUUAUAGAUGGUGAAUGGACCUGUAACAAGUAUGAAUUGAUAACCAGCCCAAACAGUGAUGGGCAUGUAAACAACUAUGUCCAGGUUUACGGUGAUGAUUCAACCAUUGCCACCAGGGAGACUCGAAAACGGUUGACUAGUGAUGAUGUGGAUCUGACUGUUGAGGAACGGCAAAGGAUCAAGGAGUUAUUAGAAUCAUACAUUGAACCAAAUGACGAAGAUAUAAGAUAAAUAGCAGCAUUUGGAUGGUAUCUGUUGUAUCAUAUCUGCUUCCCUGGUACAGGAAACAACAUACCAUCUAGGCGCCAUCAAUAAAUCAGGUAGAAUACACUUGCAGUUAUUUUUAAAAAUUGUUACGAAAAUAAAAAUAAUUGUAAAAUGAAAAAAAAAAAAACGCCUCAACACAACUGAUCUCAUCGGCAGAGAUUGAUCUUCUCUGCGGUUUAGAGAUUAAAUGAAGGCAUGGGUAAUUCUUCCGACACGGGGAACAUGCCAGCCGCCAAGUUAUUAUUUAUGUUUGUAUUUAAUAAAUUUAUUUCAAACAUGCCUACAAUGUGAUCAGGUUUAUACAUCCUGUGUAUAUACUCAAGUUUGUGCUAAUGAAAUUUAUUAUCCACUUAAUUUUA